ACAGAGAGAGAGCUGCUCCAUGCUGCCCCUGAGUCUGAGCCCAAGCCUAGCGCUGCUCUCCACGCUGCUGCCCGCAAACUCCUCAGUCCGCUCGCGCUUUUCGCCCACAGCUCGCCGCUGAGAGGUGCCGGAUGGUCUGUUUAAGCUGUAACAGCAGAGAUUUGUCCGUAGCGAAGUCAGACCGACCACUCGGGGCAUUCUGCGGCGAGGGGGAACUCAACACUCUUUCUCGGUCUCUCUGUGGCUCAGCCGUGAUUCCCCCGGUGUCUGCGCUGCUCGGCUCCCCGCGGUUGGAGCGCCACUCCCGGGCUAUUUCAGUCGGAUCUCCGCUCUUGUGUAGCUUUGCUUUUUUCGCUCCAAACUCCUGCAGAUGUCCGGGAUGCUACGGCUGUAUUAGAAGUGUUCAGUGUUAGCUUCUGGAUUGGACUUACCGGCUAACUCACUCACUCUCCCUCCCAGAGCCGCAGGAGCAGCUGAAAAUGUCGCAUCCUCCUGCCAAGUUUAAGAAGGAUAAGGAGAUCAUCGCGGAGUACGAGAGUCAAGUCAAAGAGAUUCGAGCUCAGCUGGUGGAGCAGCAGAAAUGUCUGGAGCAGCAGACAGAGAUGAGGGUCCAGCUCCUGCAGGACCUUCAGGACUUCUUCCGCAAGAAGUCAGAGAUUGAAAUGGAAUAUUCCCGCAACUUGGAGAAGCUUGCGGAGCGCUUCAUGGCCAAGACCAGGAGCACCAAAGACCACCAACAGUAUAAGAAAGACCAGAACCUCCUGUCUCCAGUGAACUGUUGGUAUUUGUUGCUGAAUCAGGUACGGCGGGAGAGUAAAGAUCAUGCCACUCUGAGUGACAUCUACCUGAAUAACGUCAUCAUGCGCUUCAUGCAGAUCAGCGAGGACUCUACACGACUGCUCAAGAAGAGUAAAGAAAUAGCCUUUCAGCUGCAAGAGGAUCUGAUGAAGGUCCUCAACGAGCUCUAUACGGUGAUGAAAACCUACCACAUGUACCACACAGAGAGCAUCAGUGCAGAAAGUAAGCUGAAGGAGUUUGAGAAGCAGGAGGAGAGGCAGAUCGGCCGCUCUGGAGAUCCGGUCUUCAGUAUGCGGAUGGAGGACAAGCACCAGAGACGUAGCUCUGUCAAGAAGAUUGAGAAGAUGAAGGAGAAGAGGCAGGCCAAGUACUCUGAGAACAAGCUGAAGUCGAUCAAAGCCCGCAAUGAGUACCUGCUGACACUGGAAGCCACCAACUCCUCUGUCUUCAAGUAUUAUAUUCAUGACUUGGCUGACUUAAUAGAUUGUUGUGAUCUGGGCUAUCAUGCCUCUCUGAACCGGGCUUUACGAACCUACCUUUCGGCCGAGUAUAAUCUUGAGACAUCUCGUCAUGAAGGCCUGGACAUCAUCGAGAACGCUGUGGACAGUCUAGACCCCCGCAGUGACCGUCAGCGCUUCAUGGAGAUGUAUCCGACUGCUUUCUGUCCUCCAGUCAAAUUUGAGUUUCAGCCUCACAUGGGAGACGAGGUGUGUCAAAUCACUGCACAGCCCCCCGUCCAGGCUGAGCUGGUGCUCAGGUUCCAGCAGCUACAGUCCCGCCUGGCCACGCUGAAGAUCGAGAACGAGGAGAUUAAGAAGACCUCUGAGGCCACUCUGACCACCAUCCAGGACAUGGUGACUAUUGAGGACUAUGACGUCUCUGAGUGUUUCCAUCACAGCCGUUCCACAGAGUCGGUCAAGUCCACCGUGUCCGAGACAUACCUUAGCAAACCCAGCAUCGCCAAGAGACGUGCCAACCAGCAGGAGACCGAGCAAUUCUACUUUAUGAAAUUUCGUGAGUUUCUGGAGGGCAGCAACCUCAUUGCCAAACUUCAGGCCAAGCAUGACCUGCUGAAGAGGGCACUGGGAGAAGGUCACCGAGCAGAGUACAUGACCACAAGGCCUCCAAAUCUUCCUCCUAAACCCUAUGGCACCCGGAGGCCCAGACCUCGCUCAGUUUUUAACGUUAAGCUAUUUAAUGGCAAUUUGGAGGAUUUUAUUAAGGACUCUGGACAGGCAAUCCCACGAGUGGUAGAGAGCUGCAUUCGAUUCAUCAAUCUUUAUGGCCUUCAGCAUCAAGGCAUAUUCCGCGUGUCAGGCUCUCAAGUUGAAGUCAAUGAUAUUAAGAACUCGUUCGAGAGAGGUAACGACCCUCUGACAGAUGACGAGAAUAACCAUGACAUUAACUCAGUGGCGGGGGUUCUCAAGCUGUACUUCCGGGGUCUGGAGAAUCCCCUCUUUCCAAAGGAGAGAUUUAAUGAGCUCAUCUCUUGUGUCAGAAUAGAUAACCUGUAUGAGAGAGCGCUGUACAUUCGUAAGAUCCUCCUGACAGUUCCCAGAUCUGUUCUCAUCGUCAUGCGCUACCUCUUUGCAUUCCUCAACCACCUGUCCCAGUACAGCGACGAGAACAUGAUGGACCCCUACAACUUGGCCAUCUGUUUUGGCCCCACCCUCAUGCCCACCCCAGACAUCCAGGACCAGGUGUCGUGCCAGGCUCAUGUCAACGAGGUCAUCAAGACCAUCAUCAUCCACCACGAGACCAUCUUCCCUGAUGCCAAGGAGCUGGAUGGUCCCGUGUAUGAGAAAUGCAUGGCAGGAGGAGACUACUGUGAGAGUCCCUACAGUGAGCAUGGAGUGCUGGAAGAGGUGGACCAGGACGGGGGAGCAGAGACCCACACCAGUGAGGAUGAGGGUGAACCCAUUGAAGCUAUUGCCAAGUUCGAUUACGUAGGCCGCUCGGCUCGUGAGUUGUCCUUCAAGAAGGGGGCAUCUCUGCUGCUGUACCAGCGUGCCUCAGAAGACUGGUGGGAGGGCAGACACAACGGCAUCGACGGCCUGGUGCCUCACCAGUACAUCGUAGUGCAGGACAUGGAUGACACCUUUUCAGACACUCUGAGUCAAAAGGCUGACAGUGAGGCCAGCAGCGGGCAUGGAGGGGAAGAGAAGUGCUCCAGCAUAGAUUUGGGUUCUCCUACGGAUAGACUACCUGACGCUUACAUCAGCAGCCGUCACAGGAAGAGGAGUGAUCCACCGACCCGCAGGCCCCCGGCGCGACCCAGCGACGCCCACUGCAUGAUCCAUCCCUCCCAGAGCCACGGGAGCCAUGGCAACCACAGCAGCCACGGUAGCCACGGUAGCCACGGUAACCCGGACCGAGGUUCCCCUGUGCUGGGCCACUACAGUCCACGGGAGCUGCUGCGGGGUCGGGCCCCCAUGCCCAUGGACAGUCCUGAGAGACGCAGGCGCAUGGGCCAUGGCAGCCUGACCAACAUCAGCCGCCAUGAGUCCCUGAAGAAGAUGGAGAGCCCCCCCAUCCGCCGGUCCACCUCCUCGGGCCAGUAUACGGGCUUCUCUGAGCCACACAGCAAGGGCCUGGACCCUGAGAGCAUCGCACAGGAUAUAGAGGAGACUAUGAACACAGCUCUGAAUGAACUUCGGGAGUUGGAGAGGCAGAGCUCAGCGAAGCACGCUCCUGACGUGGUGCUGGACACCCUGGAGCAGAUGAAGAAUGCUCCCACGCCGGCCAGCUCCAGCGAGUCUCUGAGUCAGCUGCCCGCUCUGAUGCUGCGGCCGGCCGCCGCUGACCCGCCCAUGCGCCGCUCCACCAGCUCAUCCAGCGACACCAUGAGCACCUUCAAGCCUGCCGCGACCCCACGCAUGGGGGUCCAGCUCAAGCCCCCUGCCCUCCGGCCCAAACCUAUGGUUGUGUUGCCCAAGGCUGGUCCGGCCCAGCCUCCGGCGCCCCCGCCCCAUGACCCGCUGGACAAAUCCUGUACCAUGUGAGCCAAAAUAGGACGACAAAGGGAAACUCGCAAACCUAGCAAACAGCCUGCCAUGAGAGCGGUACUUUUCUUCAUUUUAAACACCACUGAACAUCCUUCUGGCUCUCACGUAUGGUUAUAUAGUUCCCUAUGUAGCGUCCCUUGCAUAUUCCACAGUAGGCCCGGACUAAAUGCUGUAAAAUCUGGUUCAGUAUUCAAACUGCAGCUCCAGAAUCAAGCCCCUCUGUUCCUGUGGAGCUUUGGAAUCCAGCUCUAAAGGGGGCAGGGAGAGGGUCGUUUACGUAGUAGUGUAAGCUAUUAUUCAUGUGCUAAUAAGAAAUAUACAGGUAAAUAAAAAACUGUAAAAUAGACAGCCAUGCCUGGGCAUGGAAAAAACUGAGCAUUAAACUUAAUUCAAGAUACACGUUUACCUGGUUAAAAGGUUGUAAUUUUUUUCUAAGCAUCUAGAUGUGAACUGUCCUGCUGUUUAGUCUACAACGUAAAAAACAGAGGCAUUCUUUGAUCUAAUUCUGAUGUAAAUCAGGUGCAGUAUGUAGAAAGCAGUCCAUGUGAUAUGCAUCUGAAAACGUCUUGCAUGUACAUAGAACAUGUUAGGUUCUUCUGCAAUUCUCAGUAUGAAUAGACAAAGAAACUAUGACUCAACGAAAGCAACAAAUCACAAAGGCUUCCUGUGUGGUUAGGAUAACUCAGUGUUGGUAGUUUAUAUCCACUAGAGGACUGCUAAAUGUGAAUAAUACAAAAACAAAGCAGGGUCUGUUGUUUUCUCUGUUUACAGCCUUUGAAUUGUGGGAAAUGUAGUUUCUAUGUAAGGAUUGGACCUGAGCCUGGAGUUGAUGAGUUAAUAAGCAAUUAAUGUGGUUUACUGGUAACAAAGCAGCACUGCCACAUGAACAACUAACCCUGUCUUUGACAGUGUUUCAAAAAGGCUGCUAUUUUCUCAUUCUGAAAGGCAGUUGGGUUUUUUUUAGGCCAAGCGAAAUAGUGUGUGCAGGGCUUUACUUUGAAUAUUAUAUUUUUGAUAGUAAUCAUAGUCAUGAUAUGUAUAUGUGCAGUUAUCAUCCAUGAGAGUUAAAUAACCUUGAUUUGCCUAAUAAAACAGGAGUUUAGUAAACUAAUUUUUCUAUUGCAAUGACUCAAAUAUAGAAUUAUAGAAUAAGAAAGAACUGCUAAAAUGCUUUGCUUUUUCAAAACUUCUUGCUUUUCAUUCUCCACAUGAACAGUUUUCCAGUGAAAAUCAAAUAUAUCUACAGCUGCUGAUAAGAGGCAUUAUGAACGGUUCUGUUUAGCAGCAACUCUGGCAACUUUAAUACACAGCUGUGCUCUUUCUCAUAGACGGUACAGAAUUUCACUAGCUUCACUGUUCAGAUUGACUAAAUGCUUCUCUCUCUCACUCACUCUCUCACUCUCACUCACUCACUCUCAAAAUUAAGACCUCCUACUUGUAGAGCAUGAAUUAUGAUACUUUUUUGUUGUGAUAUGCAAAUAAUUUUUUAAGUCUUUAGAAAAAGACUCAAGGCAAUAUUUCUGUAGUUUCACCAAACAAAGGAAUGAUGCCAAUAGCCAUGGACUCACCGACUGUUACUGUAAAAUUUCCAUGUUACCCUCCUGCUUCUUGUGUGUCAGUGUUGGGAUCUGAUCUGGCUCAUGUGACCAACUGCCUAAUUUGUUAACAACUUGCAACUUAUUAUCUUUGAAGCUUUUAUAAAUUAACAUAUGUAUGAAGUGUAUUGGAAACAGUUUAUCAAAGAUUCUAAGAGGUAUAUUGGACAUUUGUCCUGUUCCUUUGAUUAUAUAAUCUGAAUAUACGCAAAUCAGAAAGUUGUCAAAAACCAAAUGUGUAGUUAGAUGAAUCAGAGUGGCCAUUUGUGUUUGGAAAUGUGUUUCCUUUGCACAGCUUUUUUCACCAUUUCUAAGAAUAAAGCUUAUGGUCUUUGCAUACAUUGUAAGAAUCUGCUAUUUAAAAUAAUGGCAAAUUCUUAAAGCACAGUGAUUCCAAAAACACUGUUGGCAUGGGCUGAGCUAAACAAUCGUCUGAGUGGCGUAUGUGUGUGCAUUUGAAUGAUAGCUAUACAUCAUGUGCUCAUACAGACGUUUAAGUUUAUAUUCAAAUAAGAAAUGUCUGUUAUUGAUCCAAUGUUGCAAGCUAGACUUCAAGGGAAAUAAAAGUAAUACUUUUGUUGCAUACUGUAUAAUAAAUGACAAUUAUUUUGCCUUUUAAAUGACUAACUGUUGAAUUCUAAUAACAUUUUAAUAUAGGUUCUUUUUUGUAAGAUGGUGUACAGUGCAUUGCAGACAGAAAAGGCUUUAUUAGAUUAGUGUUAGAUUUGUUUCAGGGUUUCUUAUGGACCUUGAAAACUGAUUUAUCCCUACACAACUGUGCACAGUAGCAGAACCUUCACUUGAUUGCUGUUCUGUCAGUGUGUCCAUGUACAUCUGUAGUAAGUGAAAGUGCCUUUAAAAGCUGUUUUAGAGGAACUUCAAACCAACGUCCUCUGUGCUGUUGCGUUCAUUUUUCAGACCCAGUGCAGUGCAUAGGAAAAGACAGUGAAUGCAUUAUAAUCAUCAGUAAGAAUGGUCAAAUAAAAAUACUGCUUAUUCAUUGUGACAUUGCACUUUUAUGUAUAGGACUGUAUAUUUGGCAUGUAACAUCCUAACAAGUGGUAGAGCUCUGUAGGGGAGCUGCUCCCUGGAUUGUGUCUUUCUAAUAAAGAACAUAGUUUGGUCAGUC